AUGAAGCUCCUGCACCACCUGCUCGCCAGCGCAGUCUGCGUCGCAGUCCUCGUAUCGACCUCGAGAACAUCGACGGCAUCGGCCCAAGUAGUAGACGGAACCUACUCUGCUCCGGCACCCAAGGAAGGCGUGACGACAUCCCUCCGCGGCCCCGACGAAAGCGACGACACUGAGUCUGCUUCUUUGUAUCUUGACUCCGAGGACGACGACGACAGCAGUGACGUGAUCCUCGACAGCCAUGACGACUCAGACGAGGAGUUUGAGCAAGACUCUGCGACUGACCCGGUUGACACUCGGCGUCUAGCGACGACUCCGGAACCUUCGCCAACGCCAACGAACGGCACUGCACUUCCCCCUCCACCCAAGCCGACGAACGCCACGGCGUUGCCCCCUCCGAGGCCUACCAACUCGAGCGUACCACCGAAACCUACGGCCACGCCUAAGGUGACACCAACGGCGACACCGGCGACCAAAACAACGAAGAACCAGUAG